AAAAAUCCCACAGAAAUGAAUGGAAUGACCAAACUUCUAAAACAUUGAAGCUGAAUAUCAAGCCUCCCCGUCCCACUCCCCAGCAAGCAGCACAGACCUCACCAGCUUAAGACCCCAACUCUGAGAACCCUCCCUGCCAGAGGCUUCCUGAGGCCUGUGUAACUGAACAUGUUUGGAUUUGCCUUGCCAUCAGCAGAUGGGGCUGUUGUCAGCUAAUAAAUAGCUCAUUACUCAAUGGAUUAAGGUAGAAAGUGGACCUUCAGCACUCAAAAGAUGGCACCAGGCCAACAAAUGACACGCCCAGAUGGAAGGCCCCAGGGAGGAGAGCUUCUCUAAAAUGUUGCCAUCUGGAUCAACUGCGGGGUGAGGCUGAUGAGUCAAAGGGCAGAGGAAAGGAACACCGGAUUUGGUGUCAGGAGGUCUAGACUGAAGUGCCUGCCCCACCACUUACUGGAUGGCCUUGACAGUGAUGCAACCUCUCUGAACUUCGGUAUCCUCAUCGUCUCUAAAAUGUAGAUUGUCAUCCCGGCCGCUGGGGCAUUGAGAGAAUUGAUAUAUGGCUGGAACGAGAUAAGGUACCAGCUGCCACGAAGGCUGAGUUCCUCCUUGACCUUGAGAAGGGCCUCAUGGGCCAGGGGAGGAGUCAGACAUAUCAACAAAUCAACCAACUGACCGAUGUUAACAUCGCCAGAAAUGGGACAAAGUGACAUCAUACAGCUCCUGAUAUGAUACCCUGAGAUGAACCCAGCAUCACCUCUGGCUACCCUGGCCAAGUCUGCACAGCAUGAACCCAAGUGUGCCGGUCCAACAAAAGCCCCUGGGUCUGUUUGACUUGUUCAAGUGUCCACUGUGGAAGGAUUUGGGGAACCUGAAAAUACUUUGUACAGAUAACAUUUUUUUUAAAAAAGAAGAAAAGUAGAAGCACUUAAAUUCUGCACUUGAAGAGACAGAUUCCUCUCCUAGAUUUUGAGAGGUAUGUGAAUGGCCAUGCAAAAAAACAUUAUGAAGAUGCACAAAUACCCUUAACCAACCAUAAGAAAUCAGAAAAGCAAGAAAAAGCUCAGCACACAGUGUGUAUGGAUUGCAGUAGCUACAGUACAUACUGUUAUCGCUGUGAUGAUUUUGUGAUUAAUGACACCAAGCUGGGACUGGUACAGAAAGUCAGAGAACACUUACAGAACUUGGAAAACUCAGCUUUCACAGCUGACAGGCAUAGGAAAAGAAAACUUUUGGAAAACUCAUCACUGAACAGCAAGUUACUAAAAGUAAAUGGAAGCACCACUGCCAUUUGUGCCACAGGCCUUCGGAAUUUGGGGAACACGUGUUUCAUGAACGCCAUCCUUCAGUCACUCAGUAACAUUGAGCAGUUUUGCUGUUAUUUCAAAGAGCUGCCUGCUGUGGAGUUAAGGAAUGGAAAGACAGCAGGAAGGCGAACGUACCAUACCAGGAGCCAGGGGGACAACAACGUGUCUUUGGUGGAAGAGUUUAGAAAGACACUCUGUGCAUUAUGGCAAGGUAGCCAGACUGCAUUUAGCCCAGAGUCCUUAUUUUAUGUUGUUUGGAAGAUUAUGCCGAAUUUUAGGGGCUAUCAGCAGCAGGACGCUCAUGAGUUCAUGCGCUACCUGUUAGACCACCUGCACUUGGAACUCCAGGGCGGUUUCAACGGUAUUUCCCGCUCAUCAAUUCUGCAAGAGAAUUCUACUCUGUCUGCAAGUAACAAAUGUUGCAUAAAUGGAGCAUCUACAGUUGUCACGGCUAUAUUCGGAGGCAUUCUCCAAAAUGAGGUUAACUGCCUCAUAUGUGGGACAGAAUCUAGAAAGUUUGAUCCAUUCCUAGACCUUUCAUUAGACAUUCCAAGUCAGUUCAGAAAUAAGCGCUCUAAGAAUCAAGAAAAUGGACCAGUUUGUUCAUUACGAGAUUGUCUUCGCAGUUUUACCGACUUAGAAGAACUUGAUGAGACAGAGUUAUAUAUGUGCCACAAGUGCAAGAAGAAACAAAAGUCCACUAAAAAGUUUUGGAUUCAGAAACUACCCAAGGUGCUAUGCUUACAUUUGAAAAGAUUUCAUUGGACAGCAUAUUUAAGAAACAAAGUUGAUACAUAUGUAGAAUUUCCCCUGAGAGGCCUAGACAUGAAAUGCUACUUACUAGAGCCUGAGAACAGUGGCCCGGAGAACUGCCUCUAUGACCUUGCUGCUGUGGUGGUGCACCAUGGUUCCGGGGUCGGUUCUGGACAUUACACAGCAUAUGCAACUCACGAAGGUCGCUGGUUCCAUUUCAAUGACAGUACUGUGACACUGACAGAUGAAGACACCGUUGUGAAGGCCAAGGCCUACAUCCUCUUUUACGUGGAACGCCAGGCCAAAGCUGGGUCGGAUAAACUUUAAUACCUCCUCCAAAUCAUUAUUCGUCAACUAUACCGGACAAACAUUUCCAGUUUUCCAUAAAUACUUGAUCCAAGAUUUAAUUUCAUUAUGCACUUUUCAGUUUCCUAUUUGGGGUUUAGUUUUAUUUUGUCAAUGGUAGUGACUUAUUGAACAUGGGCACCAACUAAUUUUUUUUUUUUAGUUCUACCAGAAAACCUCAGCAGAUGUUUUGAUUUGCUGCUUUAGUUGUAAUAAUUCAGUUUUUAUAUGUAGUUUCAAGAACUUAGUUCUAUUUGACUUUUUUAUAUUAAUGUUCAGUUCUCACUUUGAGGCACAUUUACAUCAAUGCAUUGUUACUCUCACGUGCUGAAAGGAAGAUACGUUCCUGAUCGUGAAGAGCAACGUAACCACCUGCUGCCUUCUCACAGCUGUAAUGGAGAUCAGGUUGGCUCAAAAUCAGGGAUCACGUGUGCACGUAAUUUGUGGCCCACGAGAUUUCAGUGACUGCUCAGUAAUCAUUCUCUUUGCUUGUAAAAGAUAACUGAAAGGGCAUCAUUAAGUAGACCAGGUAACUGCUGCUCUUCGUAUCUCUCAGAGCUGCUGUUUAUCAGCACUAACUAACUAAAUUUGUUGGUUCAGUUGUAACUAUAUUGCAAAUUCAAGAAUUACUUUUUUUUGUUUGUUUUGGGGUAUUUUCAUGGAGAUAGGGGUACUGAAAACUCCCAGUAAGGCCAAAUACACUUAAGUGUUUAAAAAAUUCCAUGACUCGGCUACAUGUUAUCCAGGUGUUAUUUAUCCACUGCCAUGAAACCAUAGCUUCUGUUCGCCUUUUAGAGUCAGCACCUAAUUCCCUGUUAGUUGUAGCACCGGGAUUAACUGCAUGUCCACUGUGGUCUUACUUCUUACUUGGUCACCUGAGGUUGAGAUGCUAUCCUCCAGAGUUGAUUCUGACCAUCACCUAAACGUCGGGUAAUACUGUGGGGUCUGCUUCCACAGAAGGAAACUAAACUAGUCUAAGUUUUAACAAUUCUCAUUGGCCUAUCCUCAUAGCAGAGCAAUUGAAAAUAUUUUCACUUUGAAUAAGUAGAGUUUCUAUUCUUGAGGUUAGUAGUCUGUUUUAAAAUUUUCAAGAAAAGGGCUUCCCUGGUGGUGCAGUGGUUGAGAGUCUGCCGAUGCAGGGGACACAGGUUCGUGCCCCGGUCCGGGAAGA